AGCGCCUGUGCAUGUGACUGUCACAUGAUAGAUCCGAGUGUUGUCGUCUAUCAGCUGUUCGCUCAGGAAGCUGUUGCAGGGUGUUGUGGAUCUUUAUUCUGACUCGUAUACAGUGUAGUGGACAAAUAAGAGCAUGGAUAUUCGAGGGGCUGUGGACGCUGCAGUCCCCACCAACAUCAUUGCUGCAAAGGCAGCUGAGGUGCGGGCCAACCUGGUCAACUGGCAGUCCUACCUGCAGAGUCAGAUGAUCUCAGCAGAGGACUGCGAGUUCAUCAAGAAGUUUGAAGUGGCUAAUUCUGACGAGAAACAAGUUAUUCUGACCAAUGAAGGACAACAGUGUGCCAAGACCUUCCUCAACCUGAUGGCCCACAUCUCCAAGGAGCAGACUGUCCAGUACAUCCUGACUCUGAUUGAUGACACCCUGCAGGAGAACCAUCAGAGGGUGAACAUUUUCUUUGAUUAUGCCAAAAAGACUAAGAACACUGCCUGGUCCUACUUCCUCCCUAUGCUGAAUCGUCAGGACCCUUUCACCGUUCACAUGGCGGCUAGGAUCAUUGCUAAACUAGCUGCCUGGGGCAGGGAUCUGAUGGAGGGAAGUGACCUGAACUACUACUUCAACUGGAUAAAAAGUCAGCUCAGUUCACAGAACCUACAUGGUACAGGUCCAGACACAGUUUCAGGAGCAGGAACUAUAUCCCCCAGUGAAAGCUCUCAGUAUGUCCAGUGUGUGGCUGGGUGCCUUCAGCUGAUGCUGAGGGUCAAUGAGUACAGGUUUGCCUGGGUGGAGGCUGAUGGAGUCAACUGCAUCACAGCAGUGCUGAGCAACAAGUGUGGCUUCCAGCUCCAGUACCAGAUGAUCUUCUGUGUUUGGCUCCUGGCCUUCAGUCCUCAGCUCUGUGAGCAGCUGAGACGCUACAAUGUUGUGCCAGCUUUGUCUGACAUCCUCCAGGAGUCUGUCAAGGAGAAGGUCACUCGAAUCAUCCUUGCUGCCUUCAGGAAUCUUCUGGAGAAGUCUGCGGAGCGGGAGACUCGUCAGGAGUACGCUUUGGCCAUGAUUCAGUGCAAGGUGCUCAAGCAGCUGGAGAACCUCGAGCAGCAGAAGUACGACGAUGAGGACAUCACUGAGGACAUUAAAUUCCUGCUGGAGAGGCUGGGAGAGAGUGUGCAGGAUCUCAGCUCAUUUGACGAAUACAGCUCUGAACUCAAGUCUGGCCGUCUGGAAUGGAGUCCCGUGCACAAGUCUGAGAAGUUCUGGCGUGAGAACGCUGUCCGUCUGAAUGAGAAGAACUAUGAGCUACUCAAGAUUUUGACGAGGCUUUUGGAGGUGUCUGAUGAUCCUCAAGUCAUUGCAGUGGCAGCUCACGACAUAGGAGAGUAUGUGCGACAUUACCCACGUGGCAAAAGGGUGAUUGAGCAGCUGGGAGGAAAACAGCUGGUGAUGAAUCAUAUGCACCACGAGGACCAGCUUGUCCGCUACAAUGCCCUUUUAGCUGUGCAGAAGCUGAUGGUCCACAACUGGGAGUACCUGGGAAGACAACUCCAGUCCAGUGAUCAGCAGCAAGCUCCGGCCGUGGCAGCUCGCAGCUAAACUGUUCCUGUGCACGUGUGAUUGUGUGUAUUACUGUGAGGAUGAGUGUGCGUGUGUGUAUCAGCCAUUUUAAUGAUCAGCGACUCAUUUUGCUGUUACGACUUGAAAAUCAAUUUCCUCCCUCCACCUACAUCAUCUACAUCUCAAAUGAUCCUUGAUGUUACUUGAUUUGACUGUCUGUUUCGUGACGUGCCCUCUUGGCUAAGUGACGUGUGGUGAUUGAAUUCGCACUUUACGUCUGUGAUAAUGUAUAAAACUGCGAGUUAUUUAAGUCUUAACCUGUAAAACAUUGUUUGUGUCCAAAUAAAGAUGCUUAUCUAUGUGCUCCUCGGA